AUGUUCUCCUUGGCACCGGACGCCCGCAUCUUGGAGCGUCCGGAAGACGACGGGCUCAACUUCUUCGAACGCACGUGGAUGGACAGACUAGGGAUAAUGUACAUCAACGAGAGGGGAGAGGAAAAGAGCAUUGCUGUCGUCCUCAACACCGAUCUGGACCGCGCUGGAAAGCCGCCCUUUGACGUCACCUUCCAGGGGGAGAACAUCACUGCCGCUAUCAACGGCCUCGGUUCUAACUGGACAAGCCCCGACGGAACUUCCUGGAUCCGCUGUUCCGCUGACCGCGUCAACGCCUUGUCCGUUUCCGUGGCCGGACUCUUGGAGAUGGAGAUCGUGAGCGACGUGGAGAAGGACCUGAUCGCGGAUCCGCCCGUCCACUUCCUCAACUUCGAAAUCAAGGCCAUCGCCAAUACUGCAAACGUGCACGGGUUUUUGAGCCAGAUGUACGCCCCCGGCCCGGUCGAGGAGCGGCUAGCGAUGGGCACGCUUGAGGGGCUCCGCCACCGCGAGUACGUUGAGGGCACCGAUGACGACUACCUCACCUCGGGCCUGACGUCAGCGGACUGCGGCUUCAGCCGCUUUGGCCAGAUGCUGGAGAACUUGGUGGUCGAUGCUCUUGGUUCCAGCCGCCGUCUCUUCUCUGCGAGCGGACAAGAGCUUACGGUCACAGAGUCGACGGUUUGCCGCCUCGUUGGAAAAGGUAGAAACUCGUUUGUGUGUAUGUAA